AUGGCUAGCAGGCGUCAUGCCGCAUCAGUUGUCUUUUUGCGGGGAACCCUGAACGCGAUUCGACGGCGUCAUCUUCACUGGAAUGUCGCCAUCGGAAGUUGGAAUUUCGUUCAGAGUCAGACGGACAGCUCCGCCAGAACACCUUCCGAUGCUCCGACCGGCUAUCCUCUCCGCCUCUCCGACUCCGGGGGAACGCGCCCCACGCCGGUGUCACUUCACUCCGGCGAGUUCGGACAAAGCCCCACCUGGGUCUUCAAGUGCGGGUCUAGCUCUGAUCACUCCGAGCGUUCCGGUACGUGCGGUAACCAUCCCCUCUACCGUCACGAUAACAUGAUAAGCAACGGUAGCCUCGUUGCCGAGGAGAUCAAGCCCUGGUCACUCAUUCAACUGCAAUUAAGGAUAGGAACCUUCCCUCAACAGCGGUGCAUUCAAAGCGGGAAUCUCUUGGCCAUCGCCGGUGUUCCCAUUAACCCCGCAUCCCAGCCCCUGCUACUUUGUAGCUCAACCAAACCGGCUGCCGAAAAGAUUCAAUACGACUGUCUUGGCGGUGCGACUUGCACAAGCAUCAAAAAGAUAAUGAUUCACUGGCGUAGAGUGUACCCAAGUAGGAAGUCCUAUUACGAAAUCUUCGUAAUGAGGAACCAACUGUCGUUCAUCGCCUUUGCGGCGGCACUCACUCCGCGCUCACUCGCUCAAUUUCCACCAGCACCUCAAGGGGUUACGCCCGGUCUGUGCGAGGAGACUGAAGGUGUGAAAUCCUAUGCUGGAUACAUCAAGCUUCCGCCAGGGACCCUCGAGGAUGUUGGCCAGGAGCAAGAUUUUGAGAUCAACACAUUCUUCUGGUUCUUCGAGGCCAAGGAGGAUCCAGAGAACGCACCACUCUCUAUAUGGAUGAACGGCGGUCCCGGCAGCUCUUCGAUGCCUGGACUCUUCAAUGAGAAUGGACCAUGCUACAUCAACUCGGACUCAAACUCGACGAGGCCCAGUGAGUGGUCUUGGAACAACAAAGUCAACAUGCUGUAUAUUGAUCAGCCAGUUCAAGUGGGCUUCUCAUAUGACUCACUGCGAAACGUGACCAGGAACCUACUCGGAAGCACCCAGACUCUGAACGCCUCAUCCCCAAUCCCAGCCCAGAAUGCCACUUUCCAGACUGGCACAUUGGCAAGCGGUGGAAGGAAUACGACGAGCUUUGGAAGUCGCAAUGCAGCUAUUGCUCUAUGGCACUUCUCUCAAGUCUGGUUCCAGGAGUUCCCGGGGUAUCACCCCAACGACGAUCGCAUCAGUAUUGCAACUCAGUCCUAUGGGGGCCGGUACGGGCCCGCCUUUGCCGCCUACUUUCAGGAACAGAACGAAAAGAUCGCGAACGGCACUUGGGAUGGGACCGAAGGCGAGAAAUACAUCUUGAACCUGGACACUCUCCUGAUCGUCAACGGGUGCAUUGACCGCCAAGUGCAGUGGCCCUCAUACCCGGAAAUGGCGUUCAACAACACGUAUGGCAUACAAACGGUCAACGAGACGAUAUAUCAGAGCAUGGUUGAUGCGUACUACGCGGAAGGAGGCUGCCGUGACAGGAUUGAUGCCUGCCGUGAAAUCUCUGCAGUCUAUGACCCAGAUAACAUUGGCAUCAACGCGACCGUGAACAGUGUCUGCCAAGACGCGGAAACAUACUGCACGGAGAAUGUUCGCGAUCCCUAUCUUGACGUCUCGGGCCGCGAUUAUUACGACGUGACACAGAUCGACCCAACGCUGUUCCCGCCCCCCUUCACAGCCGGAUAUUUAAAUCAGCCCUACGUUCAAUCUGCACUCGGUGUUCCCUUAAACUGGACGGGUAGCUCGAGCGCGUCGUCUUCCGCCUUCCGCAGUAUCGGAGACUACCCCCGGCCAGGCUGGAUAGAAGAUAUCGCUUACCUCCUCCACAGCGGCAUCAAGGUCUCCCUUAUGUUCGGCGACCGCGACUUUGCGUGCAACUGGAUCGGCGGAGAGCAAGUGGCGCUGGCGAUUCCCUGGGCAGACCAAGAGAACUUUGCCAGUGCGGGCUACGAGCCUCUGCAGACUAAUGCUACUUACGAAGGCGGCCAGGUUCGGCAAUAUGGCAACUUUUCAUUCAUCCGAGUUUACCAGGCCGGACACGCCGUGCCGUCGUAUCAGCCGGAAUCCGCGUAUCAAAUCUUCAACCGCGCUCUCUUCAACAAGGACAUCGCGACAGGCCUUGUUGAUACCGCGACGAACCUGACUUAUGCCACCGAGGGGCCUUCCGAUACGUUUGGUGUCAAGAACGAGAUUCCGCCUCAGUACGAAGAUUUCUGUUAUGUUCUCGAUCCGAGCACCUGCAGCGACCAGCAGGUUGAAGCUCUACGGAACGGAACGGGCAUCAUCAAAAAUUACAUCAUGAUUGAACCGGCUUCGCAGCAGGGAGUUGCAAUUGGAUUGAAAGCAAGGGACAUCACAACUGGUGGCGAAGUCAUUGAAAUCGACACAACGCUGCUCAAUCAUGAUGCACAGAAAAAGAUAGCUCAUUUUCUGUAUUACCAGACUUUUAUUCUCAGCAGCCGCAAUACAAAGCGGGUAAGCCAUAACAAAAAAAAAGGUUUACCAAUUUCCUACAGAAAGUCAUUUUGCCAACCUUCGGACAUCUUCAACACACUGUUUCUCCAUUCGCCUCAACUUGUCUCUCUUGCCAGCACAUGCAAUCUGACCUCUCACGCAGCAAAAAGACCACAACCGUAUGCGCAGUUGCGAAUAUUUGGAGGGUUGAUCUUGAACGCAGAGCAUGUCAGCGCGUUUGUCGCAGCGCCAAUCCUUCGCGUGUCGCGGUUCGUGUUCUAUCCCCAGCCAGAAAGGCGCUCGGCCUAUCCGUACAGUCCUGACACAGUGCCACCGCCCAUAGAGUGUACUAGGAAGAAGAGAAAGUGCAACAAAGAGAUCCCAUGCGCAAGAUGUAGUCGUCUAGGGCUCCAUUGCGACCGCGAAGUCGUCCAUCUGAGGCGCAAUGCCGUUCGACAUAGUGCCGAGAUUGGAUUUCUCGAGACUCUGCGCAACAUGCUUCAGAGCACCGAUCCCGCUUCGGCGAGGAGAGCAGCUGAUUUGGUGGCAGCUAGACUGGAGGGUCUCCGUUCUGGUUCGGGGCAACGCACUGAGAUCACACAGACAGCGAAUUUUGUUGAGUCCGGGAUCGGACUUGAAGAUGACUCGGGACAAGACGAAGCCACAGGUUCACAUCCCAGAGUUCGCAGUUCGCUCACGGUGACUGCGUUGGAGCACAUGGCAUGGGGUAGAAGCUAUGGAAACUGCUACCCUCAUCUACACUGCAACUGCCAUCAAAGACGAGAUCAUACCAUCGAAGCCUCGACAACAGGUCUGUCGCCGUCUCUCGGCCUACCUGAUCACACUGUCCCAUCUCUUGCCCUCCUCCCUGAGAGAGUCACGGCCGAGAUACUCAUCUCAUUUCACCUGGAGCACAUAGCAUGGCACCACAACUCCUUACACUGCCCGACGUUUCUGCAGCAGUGCACCACGUUCUGGGCGACCGGCGUAUACGACCAGCCACAGUGGCUUGCGCUGUAUAGCGCGGUGCUCUCCUCGUCGCUCCUGAGUUGGCAGAACAGCUGGAAACAUCGCGAUGCAUACCCGCUCACACUACCUGCCUGCUCGCCUCAAGACUUAUUCAACUUCAUGGUCGACACUUUAUAUAAGGCUCAUUUCCUGCAGCAUGUUUCAAUCUACUCCAUCCAGGCCAUCGUCAUCUCAACCGAAGUAGCUCACAAUCUUGGUCUCAGUCAACUCAACGCUACCUUAUUCAGCGCUGCGAUUCGAAUUGCCGAGUGCUUGGGAAUACACAAGAUCACCAAAUGCGGCCUCGACUUGCAAACCAGGGAUGAAAUAUGGGAUGAUACUCUGCAAAGAGAAGUAGGUCGUAGGGUUUGGCUCCAGAUGGUCAUUCAAGAUCACUUUGCAAUUCCAUUUACCGACUCAUACAGCAUCAACCCGUCUCACUACUCCACUUCUUUCCCCAGAAACGCCAACGAUGCAGACUUGAUAGACGCCUCGGAGGACGUUCUGACGGUAAGUACGUAUACUCGUGUCCUGGGUGGCAUCGCGCAGCUGAUGCCGGAGCUCGCGGACGGGAUGGGACCUUUGAGAGCCCAGAAGCCUGCAAGAGAGCAGUAUGCCCAUGUUCUCAGGAUGGACCAAAAGAUGAGGGAGAAGGUCCAGUCAAUACCGCGUUUUCUUCUACAGAAGGAUGAGCUAUUAGAGGGCCAGUGUGCCUGGCUUGGGGUUGCGCGUCAGAGUCUAGCCAUUACCGCCGCUGAAAAGAUUGUCAUGAUCCACCGGCCAUUCCUCUUCCUCUCGUUCCAAUCUGACUCGUACAUCCACACGCGCCGUACCUGCGUUGCAGCAGCAGUCACCAUCCUACGCGAGCACAAAAGCAUUGUAGAAUCAGGCGAAGUCUCGCUCUGGACGCACAUCGCCUUCAGCAUCACCGCUGCCAUCAUUCUCUCGUUCGAGGUCAUAUGCGAUCAGAGCAAAGAACGAGACAGCCGACAAGAAGGCUACCUCGACGCGAUUCGCGACGCGCGAGAGCAUCUCCUGGGCCGGACGACGAGUGAUAUCCUAGCACACCGCGGCGUGGUGCUUAUUGAUGCCAUCUUCUCUGAGGUGGGAGGCAUAGAGUCGUUUUCUGAUCAGACACUCGCUGCUAGGCCUGAUGCUAUAAACUUUGAGGAGAUUGCGGCUAGGUUCAAGACCGAUUGGUUUAUCCUUGAUUCUUCCACGGCUGGUCUCGGGCAGUUUGACGUUGCGGAAGAGCAUUUUGCUAUGUCUGGCAAUCCCUCUGAAGAUUUCGACGAUUGGUUCCAGCAGAUAUUUCACUCGACCAUAUUCUCUACCCACACUCGGGACCACCCACCGAUGGUAUCUUUGCUGGUCAACUACGAGCUACUGCUGAGUGCUACAGAUUAUCUUGUCAUGUCUAUGCGCAUCGGGCGUUUGGAGCUAGGCGGCGACUUUGAGUGCAUUGCGUGUCCAGCAAUUCUCUAUAACAUGGCACCGUCCGUGCUUGUCGUCAUCGAGGUUCUCCCCCGCCGUCGUCCAUCAGGGGCGGAAGUUAAGGCGAGGGGCGGCCAGGAGCAGCUCUUGCCACUGCGCUCAAUUUCUCCCAGUCUUCUUCACCUUCGACCUAGCUUCAUGAAAACCAGUAAUUUGCCUGCGAGCGACUCCCAACCCCCGUUCACUGAGAAGUGCCCCUCAUCAACGCCCAUUACUGCCGGAAGCUCCCCACCGAAGUCGGCAACAGCAACGCCCUCGCCGGCGCGCAAACGAAAGGCCGAUACCUCUGAUGAUGCAUCAUUAUCAACCCCAUCGUCUCGCAAGGUAAAGAAGCUUAAGACGGUCGGCACGAGUACCGGUGAGAAGCGAUUGCGCCGAUACCGAUCGAAACCACCUCAAAGCUUCCACGAAGUUUACCAUCGAGCAACAACACAGCGCUUCUACGUUCUCGAGCGGCGGCGAUGCGGAACUCCGGAUGCGCCCGAGGAGGAGAUUGAGUUGACUGGUUCUACUGGCAAUGUAUACACCGUCAAAAUCGGCCAGACCCCGUCAUGUAGUUGCCCGCACGCCAUGAAGGGAAAUCAAUGCAAACACUGGCUUUAUGUGCGUUCUUCCUCAAACCUAUUCGGUCUCUGCUGGAUAUCUCUAACCAUGGCUAGCGAACUUAAUGAGAUCUUCGACAAGGCCCCGCCCAUCGAUCCCCAAGCCGACGAUUCCAAGAACAAGAAUCGCAAGCCCAUCGACGGAGACUGCCCCAUCUGCUUCUGCGAGCUCGAAUCUAAUAACAACGAGACGAUUGUAUGGUGUCGCGCAGCUUGCGGCCAAAACAUACACAGGGAAUGCUUCGAGACUUGGGCUGCGACAAAACGUCGCGGCAGCUAUGGCUCAAGUGAUGUGACUUGCCCAUAUUGCCGUAGUCUAUGGCAGGGUGAUGAUGAUAUGAUGAAGAAAAUCAAGAAAGGCGGCAAGAUCACUCGUGAGGGAUAUGUCAAUGUCGCUGAGCAGCUCGGUAUCACCAUGGCCACCCUAAGAGGCCCCGCUUUCACGUGCACCGUCUGGCCAUCUAUUCCAUUCGUCGUUUUGAUGAUUGAGACGGAAGACUGCCCCAUGAGUCUCUUUGCCAUAGACACGCUUGUCCGACGUCCAGCACCUAGACUCGGCGGUCAGGUACGAUGCAUCAUUGACCUUGUUUCAAUCCGAUCAAGCUCAACCUGCCUCGCUCGCGUUCACUUCCGAAUUUCUUAUCCUGAGCUGGCGCCUUCUCUUGACCUUGUGCCAGAAGUAGCCGCGGUUCAUAAUCCAGUUGACGGAAAACACAUCUACCAUGGACCUCAGAGCUACGUCAGCUGUCAACACGGCCAUGCUCUUUGCAGCUCCGACUGCGAAUGUGUGGCGAAGGCGAUGAUUGGGCAUGAUAUGAAGGAUGACAGGAGCGCCUCCGUCAUUCACUCAAGUAAAUCAGACUUCAGAAAGAGUUGGGUCGAUAACUACCCAACACCGACGGCUUAUGUCACUCAUAGGCGACAGAUACGUAGUCUUCUUCCCGCCAUAGUCAUUUUCUUAAUGCGACGAUUACUAUUGCAUACUACAGAUUCGAUUGGAUCUCCAGGUAAUUCAAGCACUUAG